UCAGUUUUGUACAAAAAGUGAGGUUAAACGUCACAUGUAACAUCUUUACCCGUCAGCCGUCAGUGACAAUUAGAAUUGUCAAAAGUGAGCAGCUCUUGCAUUCUGCUUGUCAAAUAAUCAAAUAAUCGAUCAAAUAAAACUACAAAAUAAUAACAAGUUAUUAAAAUGCUCCCAAAUUUACCACAAUGUGUCACUGUUGUGGUAAUCAGUACUGGAAAUAUAUUAAAUUUGAGUGAAAUUAAGAAAAAGGCCGGACAAAAACCACACGAAGAGCUACUGGAUAGUCUAACGAUAACACUGCAGAACCCCUCAGUAAAUAAUUCAGAAAAAACAAAGGCCGUUAUAUCAAGAGCAGAUGAUGACUUACAUGCUAAAAUUACAGAACAUGAAAGAAAAAGCUUAAAAAUUGGUGUAAAAUUAUUUCUGAACAAAAAUUGUAUUGAAUCAAUAACAGAAGCUAUCCAAAGUGUUUUUAAGCUAUUACAAGUAGAUACAAUUGAUAAUCUUAUUUUGGCAUUUCAACCAGCUAAUAAUGCAACUGAUACAAUAAAAAUGUCCAACGAUGAUAGUAAGAUGGCUUUUAAUAAUGGUCUAAUUGGAGCAGGGUCUGCUUUGAAAGAUUUAAAAAAUUUGUGGAGUGCUCUGGAAGAAUAUGCCAUAUCUAAACAGAUAUUGCAACUUGGCAUUGCGGAUUUAGAUGCAGACACUUUGGGAGCUUUAUAUAACAGUGCAAGGGUGCCUCCAUGCAUAGCACAAAUAAAUUUGAGUGCGUGCUGUGUAGUGCCGUUAGAUUUGCAAACAUUAUGCAAGGAGAAAGAAAUUCAAUUGCUAACACACAGUGAUCCUUCAGAGUUAUUAACAAAUGAAACUAUGCAAUCGUUGGGAAUUAUUAAUGCAGGGCUAUGUUGGGCUCUGAGGCACCAAGUUCACAUAAAAUGUAGAGGAGUCCUAGCAUCAAAGGGAUAUGUAUUAGGAUUCUGUAAAGAACAAUAAUUAUUUGUAGUUUUUUUCACAAGUAAUGUGGUGAAGGUAAACAAAUUUUAUUUAAGAAUUUUAAUACUUAGGAAAGAAAAGAUGUGUUAAAAGGAAAUAUAUGUAUAUAAUUGAAUCGAUUUAUACCAUGAAGAAAUAUAUGUAUUUUAAAUGUAAAAACUUAUAUGCCUGAGAAUUGCCUAAAUUUUUACAAUAUUUUAAAAUAAUAAUUUGUAA